AUGCGGGGCCGGUUGCUGUGGGGGGCGGUGCGCUGCUUCUGGCCCCGCCGGGCGCCGGGCCCGACCCGCCGGCCUCUGAGCUGCGGGAGCCGCCCACUCGAGCAGCUGUUCGCCCGCGACGGGCCACUGCGGACCUUCCUCGAACGCCAGGAAGGGUCUGCAGCGGGGCCGAAGCUGGCGGAGGUGGCCAGACUGUUGAGCGAGAAGGAGCAGGAGCUGCGGGAGACCGAGAGCUUGCUGCACGAUGAAAAUGAAGACAUAAGGAAACUUGCAGAGAAUGAAAUUACUUUGUAUCAAAAAGAAAUAGCGCAACUGAAACAUCAGAUUAUCUUCCUCUUGGUUCCCUCAGAAGAAACAGAUGAAAAUGAUCUGAUCUUGGAGGUAACCGCCGGAGUAGGGGGUCAGGAGGCAAUGCUGUUCACUGCAGAGAUAUUUGAAAUGUAUCAGCAGUAUGCUGCAUUUAAAAGGUGGCACUUUGAACCUCUGGAGUAUGUCCCAAGUGAAAUAGGUGGCCUGAGACAUGCAUCUGCCAGCAUUGGGGGUGCAGGGGCCUACGAGCUCCUGAAACACGAAGGCGGCGUGCACCGAGUGCAGAGAGUGCCAGAGACCGAGAGGCAGGGCCGCGUCCACACGAGCACCAUGACCGUCGCUGUGCUGCCCCAGCCCACGGAGAUUAACCUAGUGAUUAACCCUAAAGACCUGAGGAUCGACACCAAGCGAGCCAGUGGAGCUGGGGGCCAGCACGUGAACACCACAGACAGCGCUGUCCGGAUCGUGCACCUUCCCACAGGUACCAUUUCUGAAUGCCAGCAAGAGCGGUCCCAGCUGAAGAACAGAGAGCUGGCGAUGCGGAGGCUCCGUGCGAAGCUGUACAGCAUGCACCUGGACGAAGAGACCAGCAAAAGGUACCAGGCCAGGAAGAUUCAGGUUGGAACUAAAGGAAGGUCAGAGAAAAUAAGGACAUACAACUUUCCACAGAACCGAGUCACAGAUCACAGAAUAAGCAAGUCCCUGCAUGACCUUGAUAGAUUUAUGCGAGGAGAGGAUCUACUGGACGAACUAGUUCAGUCACUGAAGGAGUAUGCAGAUUACGAAGCUUUAGUAGAAGUUAUUUCCCCAAAAGUUUAAGUUGACUUUUUAAAACCUUACUAAAAGAUGUAUAGCAAAUCACACUGUAUAAAUAUUCUCAUCAAUAUUCUUUGGCAAACUUAUAUGAACCUCUCAAUGUAUUAGUACAAAAAGAAUAUCAUGACUGAUUGUAAAUCCUUUUAAGUAGACAAAGUAAAUAAGUAGACAAAGAA